AACGAACCACUUCCACCAUCCAACACAAACAACAAAGCUGCUUUUCUUGUUGUUGUUGAACAAAGAGCCAACGGUGAUGAGCGAAGUGUUGAGAGUGGUGGAUCGUGAAUGGCACCAGAGCCAGGAGGCGAGCCGGCUCUUGGCCUCAAUCGAGCAGCAGGUGCAAGGCGGAGGUUUGCUGCUGGAAGGCAACUUUCCCCAGUUCGACUUGUUUGGAGUCAAGGUGCUGCUCCAAGGCGGUAGCAGCAGUGGCAAGAGCACGCUGUUCAACAUCCUCGCUGCUCCAGAUACGGAGCGUAGCGUGGCGGCAGCAGAGACCAAGGGGAUGCAGAUGGCACGCAUCACGUGGGCAGCAAAGCUGACGAACACGGGAGACGUUGCGCUCUUUUCCAUUGGCGUUUGGGACGCUGGUCACCGAACAUGGCACGAGUACGACCACAUCAAGGAGGAAUGCGAACGCGACACGGCGGUGCGUGCCAUUGUUUUCAGCCUGAAGGACAAGGCAUCUUGGGCGACUGCAAAGCAGAUGGCCGACGCCCUUCCUGCAGACGCGCGAUUCUUCUUCGUCGGCACAAGUUACGAUCUGGCCCCGGAGCACCUGGAAGUAGCUGUUGACGAAGUACAGCAGUGGAGCGAUGCCAUGGGUGUGGCAUUCUGUCUCACUCCUGCAGGACAGAGAUCAGAACACAUCAGAAUACGCCGGCGCUUCCUCAACCUCGUCUGCGAUACGGCACUCCGCUCAGAAUAACUCCAGACACACACACACACACACACACACAC